GCAGCCGCCCCUGGCGCCUUCCCCGUUUCGGACGCGUCCCUUCUAGACUCCUCGCUGGUGUGUCGUGGAGGAGCCCACGCAGGGCUACAGUGGAAAUGCGUUUCUGUGUUUUAAAACUUUAAAGAAUGUCGAGGUUACUGAUUCAUCACGUUAUUUGUACUUCGAACUAUAGGUGUCAAAACGGUAUGCAUCUGUUUAGCAAUGAAAGUAUUACUAGUUAAUUUUUUGUUUGUUUCUUCUAUCUGAAACAUUUAAGUUAGCUUGCGGUGUAGGCAACAUUUACAAAAUAUCCUGCUCUUCCAGUGUCUUGUAGAAAUUUGCCUGAUGCAUCCUCUUGACGUAGUGAAAACAAGGUUCCAAAUUCAAAGAGGGAAAACUGAUCCAACCGGUUACAAGAGCCUGGGGGACUGUUUUAGGACUAUUUUCCAACGAGAAGGAUUGCUUGGCUUCUACAAAGGAAUAUUUCCUCCCAUCUUGGCUGAGACACCCAAAAGGGCAGUGAAGUUUUUCACCUUUGAACAAUACAAGAAGGUACUAGGAUAUUCAUCGUUACCGCCAGGACUGGCAUUUGCAGUUGCUGGCUUGGGAUCUGGGUUGACAGAGGCAGUUGUGGUUAACCCUUUUGAAGUAGUAAAGGUUACCUUACAGACAAAUCGGAAUGCCUUCAUAGAGCAACCAUCCAGCUUUUUUCAAGCUCGGCAGAUCAUUAAAACCAGUGGUCUGGGCUUCCAAGGACUAAACAAAGGUCUUACUGCAACACUGGGCCGUCAUGGAGUUUUUAACAUGGUUUACUUUGGAUUCUACUUCAAUGUGAAAAACAUUCUUCCUGUCAAUAAAGAUUCAAAUUUGGAGUUUUUGAGGAAAUUUGGAAUAGGGCUAGUCUCAGGAACAAUAGCCUCAACUAUUAACAUUCCUUUUGAUGUUGCAAAAAGUAGGAUUCAAGGACCACAGCCAGUUCCUGGAGAGAUCAAGUACAGAACCUGUUUUAAAACUAUGGCAACAGUCUAUAAAGAGGAAGGUUUUCUGGCUCUGUACAAAGGCUUGGUUCCCAAGAUCAUGAGGCUUGGUCCAGGUGGUGCAGUGAUGCUUUUGAUUUACGAAUACGUUUAUGCAUGGCUUCAGGACACAGUUGAUCACAAGUAGCACUUCAGAAAAAUGUAUUCUUUAAAAUAAAUGCAUUCUAAAACACACUUUAAUAAAGUAAAAGUGAUUCUCAUCCUUUAUGGUGUCAAAUACCCUCAGAUUACACUGAUGCUAGUACAGUUCAAGACAAAUUUGGUCUUGAUCCAAGAAAAUAUUUAAGCACAUGCUCUUCUCAAAGUGCAUAAGUAAAUAGUACAGUUGAUAUUUGUAGUUGUUUUACAAAAGAAGAAAAA